AUGAUGGAUCCUGAAGACCCUCCCAGAGCCAGCCCUGGGGAAGCGGGCGAGCCCCCUGGGGAUGAGAGCAGCCCUCCAGGAGAGACAUUUCCCCUGUCCUCCUUGGCCAAUCUGUUUGAAGGGGAGGAUGGCUCACCCUCGGUAGGAGGGGAGCCGAGCCGCAGUCCACCUGCCCAGGGGGAUGCCCGGCAGAACCUGCGCAUGAAAUUCCACGGGGCAUUCCGCAAGGGCAUGCCCAACCCCAUGGACCUGCUGGAGUCCACCAUUUACGAGUCCUCCGUCGUUCCUGGCCCCAAGAAGGCCCCCAUGGACUCUCUCUUUGACUAUGGGACCUAUCGGCACCACCCCAGCGACAACAACAAACGGCGCAGAAAGAAGAUUAUAGAGAAGGAGCCCCAGAGUGCCAAAGCCCCGGCUCCUGAUCCACCCCCCAUCCUCAAAGUCUUCAACCGACCCAUUCUUUUUGACAUUGUGUCCCGGGGAUCCACCGCUGACUUGGAUGGGCUACUCUCCUUCCUGCUUACCCAGAAGAAGCGCCUGACAGACGAGGAGUUCCGGGAACCUUCCACAGGGAAGACGUGUCUGCCUAAGGCCCUGUUGAACCUGAGUGGUGGACGCAAUGACACCAUCCCAAUCCUCCUGGACAUCGCUGAGCGCACUGGCAACAUGCGGGAGUUCAUUAACUCGCCCUUUCGAGACGUCUACUACCGAGGUCAGACUGCCCUGCACAUCGCCAUUGAACGCCGCUGCAAACACUACGUGGAGCUCCUGGUGGCCCAAGGUGCUGAUGUCCAUGCGCAGGCUCGAGGGCGCUUUUUCCAGCCCAAAGAUGAGGGGGGCUACUUCUACUUUGGUGAGCUGCCCUUGUCCCUGGCCGCCUGCACCAACCAGCCCCACAUUGUGAACUACCUGACCGAGAACCCUCACAAAAAGGCAGACAUGCGGCGCCAGGACUCUCGGGGUAACACGGUGCUGCACGCUCUGGUUGCGAUUGCUGACAACACGCGGGAGAACACCAAGUUCGUCACUAAGAUGUACGAUCUCUUGCUCAUCAAGUGUGCCAAACUCUUCUCCGAGAGCAACCUGGAGACUGUGAUCAAUAACGAUGGCCUUUCACCUCUGAUGAUGGCUGCCAAGACGGGCAAGAUUGGGAUUUUCCAGCACAUUAUCCGCCGGGAGGUGACGGAUGAGGAUGCGAGACAUCUGUCCCGCAAGUUUAAGGACUGGGCAUAUGGGCCUGUGUACUCGUCUCUCUAUGACUUGUCCUCACUAGACACCUGUGGGGAGGAGUCCUCAGUUCUGGAGAUCCUUGUAUAUAACAGCAAGAUUGAGAACCGCCAUGAGAUGCUGGCCGUGGAGCCAAUCAAUGAGCUGCUCCGGGAUAAGUGGCGAAAGUUUGGUGCUGUCUCCUUCUACAUCAGCGUAGUCUCUUAUCUGUGUGCCAUGAUCAUCUUUACCCUCACUGCCUACCACCAGCCCCUGGAGGGCACGCCCCCGUAUCCAUACCGCACAACCGUGGAUUACUUGCGGCUUGCCGGAGAGAUCAUCACCCUUUCCACUGGAGUCAUAUUCUUUCUUUCUAGUAUUAAAGAUCUUUUCAUGAAGAAGUGUCCAGGGGUGAAUUCUUUAUUCGUUGAUGGCUCUUUCCAGCUGCUCUACUUUAUUUACUCGGUGCUGGUGAUUGUCUCUGCCGGACUGUACCUGGCAGGGAUUGAAGCCUACCUGGCGGUCAUGGUCUUUGCCCUGGUCCUGGGUUGGAUGAACGCCCUCUACUUCACUCGGGGGCUGAAGCUGACGGGGACCUACAGCAUCAUGAUCCAGAAGAUCCUGUUCAAAGACCUUUUCCGUUUCCUGUUGGUCUAUCUCCUCUUCAUGAUUGGCUAUGCUUCAGCCCUGGUCUCACUGCUGAACCCAUGCAGCAACAUCUGCAAUGAGGACCACUCCAACUGCACGGUCCCCAGCUACCCAUCCUGCCGGGACAGCCAGACCUUCAGCACCUUCCUCCUGGACCUCUUCAAGCUGACCAUUGGCAUGGGCGAUCUGGAGAUGCUGAGCAGCGCCAAGUACCCUGUGGUCUUCAUCAUCCUGCUGGUCACUUACAUUAUCCUCACCUUCGUGUUGCUGCUGAACAUGUUGAUUGCCCUCAUGGGGGAGACGGUGGGCCAGGUGUCCAAGGAAAGCAAGCACAUCUGGAAGCUACAGUGGGCCACCACCAUCUUGGACAUUGAGCGUUCUUUCCCAGUGUUUGUGAGGAAGGCGUUCCGCUCUGGAGAGAUGGUCACGGUGGGCAAGAGCUCGGAUGGCACACCAGACCGGAGAUGGUGUUUCAGGGUUGAUGAAGUGAAUUGGUCUCACUGGAACCAAAAUCUGGGCAUCAUUAAUGAGGAUCCAGGCAAGAAUGAGACUUACCAGUACUACGGCUUCUCUCACACAGUGGGCCGCCUCCGCCGGGAUCGCUGGUCCACAGUGGUGCCCCGGGUUGUUGAGCUGAACAAGAAUGCCCACUCAGAGGAUGUGGUUGUGCCACUGGAUCAUGUGAGCCCUUCUACUGCCCCUGCUCAAAGACAGAGCUACCCCCAUCACUGGAGGACAGAAGAUGCCUCGCUUUAG